AACGCCGAUUUGCUUCCGGGUGAAAAUGUGUAAAGUCGAAAUGCUGAGAGCGAUGCUGAAGGCCCGACUGAGUGCGGCCGUCGAAGAAAUAUUUGGAGUCGUUGCAAGAACGAUUGCAGAGUACGAGGAGGAACUUAGUCGGACCAAGGAGGAGAACGAGCGACAGCGUCAACUACUCGACGCAGUUUUCAGGCCUCAAGAGGAACCCCACAAAACAGAUAACAGUGAAGAAAGUCUUCCCCUUGAGCAGCAGGAACAGAAGCCUCCCCAAGAUCAAGGGGAAGAGGAGGAGGCGGAUCCCUUCCUCAUUAAAGAGGAAACGGAGCGUGAGCCUCAUCAAUUGCUGGAGUUGCCCUUUUCUCGCGUCAUUGUAAAGAGCGAAUAUGAUGAAGACAAAAGUCAGAGUGUGGAGAGCAGAGGGGCGGAGCCUCGAAGCAGCAGCUCAAGAAGUCAACAAGUGACAACAGAAGGUGACGCAGGCCGCAGUGGAGCAUCGCAAGCAGACGGCCGCCAGGCUCCACAAUCCCCCUCUCGUUCUCCUGACUCUGAUGCUGAACAGUCUAAAAGUGAUAUGACGUGUCACCCUGGCAACGCGCACUGGAAAUGUUCUCAAUGCGACAAAACGUUUGGAACCAAGUACACGUUGCGAGUACACAUGAUGAUCCACUCUGGAGACAAACCGUUCAUGUGCUCCGUUUGCGGCAAACGAUUCUCUCAGAAGGCACACUUAACGACGCACACCAGAAUACACACGGGCGACAAGCCUUAUUCCUGCUCUGUCUGCAACAAAAGUUUCAUCGAUUACUCCGCGAUGAUUAAACACACGAGGGUACACACCGGAGAGAAACCUUUUGCGUGCUCAGUCUGCAACUUGAGUUUCAGCGAUCGCUCCAAUUUGGGCAAACACAUGAGAAGGCACACCGGAGAGAAACCUUUCGCCUGCUCGCUUUGUGGUAAAAGAUUCUCCAUAAGGGGACAUUUGACAACGCACACAAGAACGCACACGGGAGAGAAACCUUUCACGUGUGCCAUCUGCAAUUUAAAUUUCAGCGAUCGCUCGGGAUUGGUUCAGCACAGGAGAACGCACACGGGGGAGAAACGCUUCACCUGCUCAAUUUGUGGUAAACAAUUUUCUCAAAGGGGUGCGUUCACAAAACACAUCCAAAUACACUCUGGUGAGAAACCAUUAAGUUGCACUGUGUGACGGCUGAACAAACACCGGCGUGCUGCGAGACGAUUUGAUUGCAUUGACAAACCUUUGAUUUUGCGUUGUCAAUUGUAAACGCGUAUAUGUGAGUCGAAAUAAAAAAAAAUCAAGUCUUUAACCUGU